AUGCAAUUCAAAUACCUGAUCGGCCUCUUAGCCACCACCACUCUCGCCCUCGCCAUCCCCCUGACGGCCCCCCUUGCACCCCGUCAGGACCUCUGUCCCGUCGUCCAAACUGGCGACUACGUCUGGAAGAUCUCCAACUUCUGGGCCCGCAAACUGAACGGCACCACCAUCAACUCACUUACCUUUAACGUGCAAGCCACCAACGGCGGCACCGCCGACUUCGACUGCGAGUCCGAGGGUGACGUUGAGGACGGAGUAUUCUACAGCUGCGGUCCCGGGUCCUUUAUUUACUGGGCGUACCAGGAGGACCGCGCCGGCUUGCUACUGCGCCAGGAUGUGGGCGAGGGCGUGCAGUAUGUGGCAGCGACCACGCUGCCUAAUUUCUGCCGCGCGGGUGGCGCGGGGCCGAUGGACUAUGUCUGCCAGGGUGUGGCUCCAGCGUUCAUCACGCUCGUGCAGUAUCCGGGUGGGCUUGAGUAA